UAACAACAGCGGCUAUGUUGACAUAUAACCCAUUCAUAGAGUUUCGCCAAUUCAUGAAUGUUUUAUAUUUUAAUCCCAAUAAACAGUUAACCUUGAUGAAAUGGGGAAUACAGGUGGAAAGAACAAAAUGUAUGGAACAGGAAGUCAAGUACGUACAAAGCUCGGAAAAGCGGAAGUUAAGGGAAACUUUCAACCAGGACAUCAUGAAACCGAAUACUGCUAUGGAGGUGAAGCUGACUUACACAAGCACUAUACCAGCUGUAAGAAGAAUCCGGGUCAUGUCAACUUUAUACCUGUUAAUGACUUUAACUUAAGUCAUCUCCCCUCACGUUACCAUGACGUCAUCAUGUUGGAGGUAAUCAAAGCUUUGUCUGCCCUAACGGUCCUGAUAAAGGUCAAGUAUACCAGUCUAGGGAGGCCAAAGUCUGUUCCAUGCUUCAGUGGCCAGUAUCCAUUUUAUAACACCAGAGGAAGUGACGUGUUGAGGACAGGGACGGGGACGGUCUAUGAAGUGCGCAAACACACAGAGGAUGGCGAAAAGAGAACUUGUCGUUGUAGCAAGUGUCGACACUCUGACACACCCAGCAAAGUGUGGGGGAAGAUUACUGUUUUAACGGCCACACAAGUAGUAUUUGAUGCCAGUGAGGCGAGAAAGACCAGGUGUGUUGUAGGUUUUGAUGACAAUAAAAGUCCUGGGGUCAGUCUUAAAGGCUGGAGGAUGGCGUGUGCAGACAUUGAGAGAGACGACUGUACUCUAAAAUGUGUGUCAUGUGACAUGGAGUUGGUUGACAAUCUGUACAAUAUGUGUGAGCUCUUUAAGGCUCUACGUGGGCAAGUAAGGGACAAAUACUGGAGAUAUCUUGAUGUGGACAAGUUGACCGUUAUAGUAUCACAUCCUCAUGGCUGUCCUAAACAGGUCUCUAUAGGACGAUGGACACAAAAACAUAAGGGGAAAACUUUGUCCAAGUACACGUACACAACAUGUACAUGUCCAGGCUCCAGUGGAGCGCAUGUCUACAUUGCAGCAUAUGGGACGUGGUGGUGUCCUAAGUAUUCCCACUGUGGAUCGAACUCUCAAGGAAACUAUAGUGGAGAGGGUGUUUUGUAGUAUUGAUCUUCCAGUCACUCUAACAGCAGCUUUGUCUACUGGUGAAGACUAGAAAUAAUUUACCUUAUUGAGACAUCUUUGUUUUUUGUUUGUUUUGUUUUGUUUUUUUGUUGUUUUUAUACACGUUUUCAAAAAUCUAAGCAAGUGUUUAAUGCAGUUUCAAAAAGGGAAAAGAAACAGUUAUAUAGGUUUUAACACGCACACACAUGUGUAUAUGUUUGUGUAUGUGUGUGUGUGAAGACAGACAGACAGACAGAGACAUAGACAGAAAGACAGAGACAGGCAGAAAGAAAGAGAUACCGAUAUACACAGCGAACAGCGAAAUAUGUAUUUAAUGCCCCAUUUGCUUUCGCUACGUGAUUUUGAAUAAGAUUUAUAAAUUAUAAAUUGUGUUUAAACACAAAAUAAAAGAGA